AUGCGAGGCUUUUACCUCCCCAAUUCCACCACCAAUUCAAAGCACAAGCUCCCUCUUCUUGUCUACUUUCGUAGAGGCGACUUCUGUGUUGAAAGCGUAUUUUCUCCGCUUUACCACAACUACAUCAAUUCCUUAGAUGUCAUGGUCAAUGUGGUUGAUGUCUCUGUUGAAUAUAGGCUUGCCUUGGAGCACCCUUUGCCUAUUGCUUAUGAAGAUUCACGAACUGCUCUCAAAUGGUGGACAAAACUUAUUCGGGCAGAGUUAAAAUUGCCACCAAUUUUAAGACUAUAUAUGGCCUGUUUGUGGCGGUUUGUGUACCCAUUGAGUAAUGGAAUCGAUGAUCUGCUUUUCAACCCGAUUAAUGAUCCGAAACUGAGGAACUUGGGGUGUCAGAAGGUGUUGGUUUUUGUUGAUGAGAAAGACACGUUGUAUGAUAGGGGAAGGUAUUAUAGUAUGGCACUAAGAAAGAGUGGAUGGAAAAGGGCUGUAAAGGUGUUGGAAUCCCACAUCGACCAGAGGGAAAGAAGAUAA